AUGGGAGACGUCGCUGUGGAGAACCCGGCGAGCCUCACGCCUCUUACCAAGCCAAGCGCACUUGACGCCCUCGCCAACUUGGAUUCUCUCGAUGGUACAGGAGCGGAUGGAAAUGAUGAAUAUGCUACUCUGAAAAGGCUACAAAGACAUCUCGAGUAUAUCCAACUGCAGGAAGAAUACAUCAAGGAUGAGCAAAGAAGCUUGAAGAGAGAGCUGGUUCGGGCACAAGAAGAGAUCAAGCGGAUACAGAGUGUCCCGCUGGUCAUCGGGCAGUUUAUGGAGGCUAUUGAUCAGAACACCGGUAUUGUGCAAAGCUCGACCGGUUCUAAUUACGUUGUCCGUAUCCUCUCUACUCUCGACCGCGAGAAGUUGAAGCCCUCAUCCUCGGUCGCCCUUCACCGUCACUCCAAUGCCCUUGUCGAUAUUCUUCCUCCCGAGGCGGACUCCUCUAUCGCCAUGCUGGGUGAAAACGAGAAGCCCGAUGUGACAUACGCAGACGUUGGUGGCUUGGACAUGCAGAAGCAGGAGAUUCGGGAGGCUGUCGAGCUUCCUUUGACACAUUUCGAACUCUACAAGCAAAUUGGUAUUGAUCCACCCCGUGGUGUUUUGCUCUAUGGUCCUCCCGGAACAGGAAAGACCAUGCUGGUGAAGGCCGUGGCCAACAGCACAACCGCCAGCUUUAUCCGUGUCAACGGAUCAGAGUUCGUUCAGAAGUAUCUGGGCGAAGGACCUCGUAUGGUCCGUGAUGUGUUCCGGAUGGCUCGUGAAAACUCUCCAGCCAUUAUCUUCAUUGAUGAGAUUGAUGCAAUCGCCACGAAACGUUUCGACGCCCAGACUGGUGCCGACCGUGAAGUCCAGCGUAUUCUUCUAGAGUUGCUGAACCAAAUGGACGGUUUCGAACAAAGCAGCAAUGUCAAGGUCAUUAUGGCCACCAACCGAGCCGAUACCCUGGAUCCAGCUUUACUGCGUCCUGGUCGUCUGGACCGAAAGAUUGAAUUCCCGAACCUGCGUGACCGACGUGAGCGCCGCUUGAUCUUCACAACCAUUGCAGCGAAGAUGUCCCUCUCACCCGAGGUUGAUCUGGAUGCCCUGAUUGUACGCAACGACCCGUUGUCCGGUGCCGUCAUUGCUGCUAUCAUGCAGGAAGCCGGUCUGCGGGCCGUCCGCAAGAACCGCUACAAUAUUAUCCAGUCCGACCUCGAGGAUGCCUACGCUGUCCAGGUUAAGACAGGACAGGACGACGACCGCCCUGAAUUCUACCGGUAA